UUAUUAUCUAAACUCCCAGAAUAUUUUAAACGAAUCAUCGGUGACCUGGACAGAGUUUAAACAUCUUCGGGAGAAAAAAAGAUUUUUUCAGAAUUAAUUUUUUUUGCGCAGAGCUGUAAUGGAUUUAGAUCGACCUGUUGAUGAGCUGAUUUUUUUUGUGAAUGGGAAAAAGGUCAUUGAGAAAAAUGCUGAUCCUAAGAUGACUUUAUUGACCUAUCUGCGGAGGAAAUUGGGGUUGCCUGGAACUAAACUUGGCUGCGGAGAAGGAGGAUGCGGAGCUUGCACCGUCAUGAUAUCCCGAUACAAUGAAUUCAAGGCAAAGAUUGAACAUUAUUCGGCAAACGCUUGCCUGGCACCCGUCUGCUCCCUGCACCAGUGUGCCGUAACGACUGUCGAAGGCAUUGGAAGCACAAAAACAAGACUUCACCCCGUUCAAGAACGCAUUGCAAAAAGUCACGGAUCACAAUGUGGCUUUUGCACCCCCGGCAUUGUGAUGUCCAUGUAUUCGUUGCUUCGAAAUAAUCCAGAGCCCACCAUGGAGGAGAUUGAAACAACGUUCCAAGGGAACCUGUGUCGUUGUACCGGAUACCGACCGAUUCUCCAAGGAUUUAAGACGUUUAGCAAGGACGGAUGUUGCGGUAAAAAGACUGCGAACGGCUGCUGUAUGAACGGCAAAGAAGAAGCGGCGACUCCUAUCUCUUCAGCUCUCUUCGACCCAACCGAGUUCAAGCCAUUGGAUCCAACACAAGAAGUAAUAUUUCCUCCAGAAUUACUGACGCAUAAAGCCAGGCAGAUGAAGCAGAUUUACUUUAAAGAAGGCAGCGUGAUGUGGAUUCAGCCCUCCGACCUGAACGAGUUACUGACACUUAAAUCCAAGUACCCUGAAGCACGACUGGUGGUGGGAAACACGGAAGUGGGCAUUGAAACAAAGUUUAAAAAUCUGCAUUACCCGGUGAUAAUAUCGCCUGGAUGGGUUUCGGAAUUAAACGCAAUCGAGCACACCCAGGAAGGGAUCUGCUUCGGCGCUGCCUGCACACUGACCACCGUGGCUGAGGUCCUGACGAAGGCCGUAGCUGAUCUCCCGCUGUAUAAAACCGAAGUGUUCAGAGCGGUCCUGGAGCAGCUGAGGUGGUUCGCCGGACACCAGAUCCGGAAUGUUGCGGCCAUCGGAGGAAAUAUAAUGACAGCAAGUCCAAUAUCUGAUCUCAACCCGGUUUUCAUGGCAAGCGGAAGCAAACUGAAUCUCAUCUCUAUCGAAAGUAAAAGAAGCGUCCUGAUGGAUGGAAACUUCUUCACUGGGUACAGAAAAACAUUGGUGGAGCCUCAGGAAAUACUGCUGUCCGUUGAGAUUCCCUUCUCGCGAAAGUGGGAAUAUUUCUCAGCCUUCAAACAAGCUACAAGACGGGAGGACGACAUUGCAAUAGUGACCAGCGGAAUGAGGGUCCUCUUCAAUGCCGAGAGCCACCAGGUAGCGCAGGUUCAGCUGAGCUAUGGAGGCAUGGCCCCUGUUACUGUCCUGGCUACGAGCACAUGCAAGGAACUCAUUGGCAGGGACUGGGAUGACGAUUUGCUUCAGGACGCCUGUCGCCUACUGGCCCAGGAGAUGACCCUGUCACCCAGCGCCCCAGGAGGAAUGGUGGAGUUCCGUCAAACCCUAACCCUCAGCUUUUUCUAUAAGUUCUACCUCACUGUGCUCAAGAAGCUGGCAUUGGAUCUCAAAGGGAAAAAUAAUGUGGAGAAAAUACCUCCUAGUUAUGAAAGCGCAACUGAACUGUUCCACAAUCCUUACCCGACCGGCGCACAGCUGUUUCAGGAGGUUCCAGUAGGAGAAGACGAUGAAGAUGUUGUGGGAAAGCCACUGAUGCACCUUUCUGCGAUGAAGCAGGCGACGGGAGAGGCUGUGUACUGCGACGACAUACCUCACUACGAGAAUGAACUCUACUUAGCCCUGAUAUCCAGCACCAAGGCUCACGCUAACAUUAUCUCAGUUGACACGGCAGAAGCUGAGUGCAGCCCUGGCUUUGUCUGCUCUCUGUUUGCUAAAGACAUUCCGGGAAGUAACAUCACUGGAAUUUUACAUGAUGAGACAAUCUUCGCUGACAAUGUGGUGACUUGCGUGGGUCACAUUAUAGGCGCCAUUGUUGCAGACACCCAGGAACAUGCGCAGAGAGCCGCAAAGCUUGUGAAAAUUUCAUAUGAAGUCCUUACACCCGUCGUUACUAUACAGGAAGCCAUUGAAAAUAAAUCAUUUUAUCAGCCAAUCAAGACGAUGGAAAAUGGAAAUCUCCAGAGGGGAUUGGAGGAGGCGGAUCACAUUCACGAAGGAGAAAUUCAUAUCGGCGGACAAGAACAUUUCUACCUGGAAACAAACUGCGCGAUCGCUGUGCCCAAAGGGGAAGACGGGGAGAUGGAGCUCUUUGUUUCCACGCAGAAUACGACUAAGACGCAGUCCUUCGCGGCAAGUGCCGUAGGUGUUCCUUACAACAAGAUUGUGGUUCGGGUAAAGCGAAUGGGCGGGGGGUUCGGAGGAAAGGAGUCUCGAAGCACCAUCUUAUCGUCCGCCGUGGCGGUGGCAGCAGCAAAGACUGGCCGACCGGUGAGAUGUAUGCUGGACAGGGAUGAAGACAUGCUUUUAACUGGUGGCAGACAUCCUUAUGUGGGACGCUACAAGGUCGGAUUUACAAAGAAUGGCAGAGUGACAGCUUUAGAGGUUUCUUAUUAUGCCAACGCCGGGAACUCACAGGACCUGUCCCAUGGGAUCAUGGAUAGGACCUUGUUCCAUAUGACCAACACUUACAAAAUACCCAACAUUAAAGGUACCGGGUACCUGUGUAAAACCAACUUACCAUCUAAUACUGCAUUUCGUGGCUUCGGUGGACCUCAGGGAAUGUUGGUUGCGGAGUGCUGGAUAAACGACAUUGCCCAAACAUGUGGACUACCAGCAGACCACGUCAGAAAAUUAAACUUAUACAAGGAAGGAGACUUAACUCAUUUUAACCAGAGGCUGGAGCAGUUCACGUUACCCAGGUGCUGGGACGAAUGUCUCAGGAACGCCAACUACCAUAAGAGACGGCUUUCCGUGGAAGAGUUUAACAGGCAGAAUCGAUGGAAGAAGAGAGGAAUCGCAAUAAUUCCGACCAAGUUUGGAAUAAGUUUCACUCUCACUCAACUAAACCAGGCUGGAGCUCUGAUCCAUAUUUACACAGAUGGGUCGGUUCUCCUCACCCACGGUGGGACGGAGAUGGGUCAAGGGCUUCACACCAAGAUGAUCCAGGUGGCCAGUAAAGCCUUAGGAAUACCACCAUCCAAAAUAUUCAUAAGCGAGUCAAGCACCAAUACGGUCCCAAACGCAUCUCCAACUGCGGCCUCCGUCAGCUCUGACCUCAACGGAAUGGCAAUUUAUAAUGCGUGUCACAAAAUCUUGAAACGUUUGGAACCCUAUAAAUUAUCCAACCCUGGAGGAACCUGGGAAAGUUGGGUGGCUGCUGCUUAUGUGGACAGGGUGAGCUUAUCAGCCACUGGAUUUUAUAAAACCCCCGAUAUUGGAUAUGACCCUGUGAAGAAUGAAGGCAAUGCAAGUAGUUAUUUUAGUUAUGGUGUGGCCUGCUCUGAAGUGGAGAUUGACUGUUUAACCGGAGAUCACAAGAACUUACGUACAGACAUAGUAAUGGAUGUUGGAACCAGCCUGAACCCUGCUAUAGAUAUAGGACAGAUUGAAGGCGCUUUUGUUCAGGGCAUGGGCCUUUUCACGUUAGAAGAGAUGAGAUAUUCUCCCGAUGGAUUCCUGUACACCCGGGGUCCAGGGAUGUACAAGAUCCCCGCAUUUGGGGACAUUCCUUCUGAAUUUAAUGUAUCACUUCUACGAGACUGUCCAAACAGCAAAGCUAUUUAUUCCUCCAAGGCUGUCGGAGAACCUCCACUAUUUUUGUCGGCCUCCAUAUUUUUUGCCGUAAAGGAUGCCAUUACGUCAGCGAGGGCAGAGUCUAAUAUUACAGGACUUUUUCAACUGGACAGCCCUGCCACCCCAGAGAGGAUUCGCAACGCCUGCAUCGAUAACUUCACUAAGCUGUGUCCAGUCGCAAAGCCGGGAACCUUUAAGCCGUGGGCUGUAACGGUGUGAAACAGAAUCAAUCCUGAGUGCAAAUGCUGUUUAUAAUCACCCGUUGUAUAUUGUCUAUAAAAUAAAUGGCACUGAAAAAUCCAUUUUAAAAAUAACAAUAAUAUGUGUGGUUGUACUUUGUGAAUGUAUUUUGGUUGGAAGGGAAAGCUGCGUGGGGCAGGGCAUGUGGUCCUUUUAUUUGAAAGGUUUUAUGUUGAUCGUUUUUUUAACUUAUCUGCGGAUGCUCAGGGUGUAAAUAGGAAAAUGAGUAAAAUGAUAACGAGAAAGGAGAACAGAAUAACAAAAUUCCUAACGUGUGUUUGGAGGCACAGAAAUCGGCUUUGUCAGGGGUCAGCAGUGGCAAUUAUGAUGCAAAGCCUGUGACUAUGUCUGUGCAGAAGAUCUUGGGGUCCAGAUGCUUUAAGUAUGAUGUUCUAUCUAAUAGGCUGAAUUUAAUAAAACUCUAAUUCUAUUAAUUUA